UGGCAUUCAUAUAGACAAGCUUUAGCUGAAGUCAUUCCUUUUGACAAUACAUUGUUGAUAAUUAUUUCCUUGGCUGACAUCCAAGUUGGCUCUGAGUACAUCCGUAUUCACUCGUUGAAAAUUCCACUCACCAAAGAUCUUCACGGAAACACCCGAAGUGAAACGAAAGGUCGGUCCAGUAGGACUGCUGGUGGCGGCCACAGCGCCAUGUUGAACGGAAUCAUCACACUCCGUGGAGAGCCUCUCGUCAAAGAGCAGUUGUAAACAAAGUGUUAUUUAUUUUCCAAAGGGGGCACGCCUGUCAAGAUCGCCCUGGCAAGAAGAGGCGACCUAGAUAAUCGGAAACCCCGACCGGGGAGGGGGAACAGCCCCCCAAACCUUCAGCAAUGAAGAUAAACCACAAUAAGCGCUAGCCGGCUAACUUUAGCCUGCUAUUCUAUCAAUAAGCUAGCUAGCCUGUUAGCUCAAGCUUUUCUAUCCACUCGAACACCGGCAACCUGUUCCUACAAGGCCGGGUCUUGACGUAACUCGCCAGCAAUAUUUUUUUUUUACCUGCAUUGUUUUUGCGCGCCUAGUCGCUAGUUAAUUUAUUAUUGUAAAUAUCUGUAUAGACGUGUGUUUGUUUGUUGUUUUUUGUUUUUGUUUUUUUGCAAUGAGUUUGCCGCCAAAAGCGGUGCCUAAACCAGCCGCUGCCGCCGCUGGAACUGGACCUGGAUCCGGGCCGUCACCCUCGAGUCAGCUGCGGGGCCCCCUGCCCCAAGUACCGCUUCCACCAGGGCCGCCGGUAGCUCAGCAGCCACCGCCGGUGCCGCAUCCACCAAUUUUCCUUAAUAUCCCCCCUAGGACGUCCAGACUGCCGCUUCCCCUGGAAGAGCGAAUCUUCUCCACACAGCCCGUCGCUGCUGUCUACAGUGUACAUAGAACCCCUGGCCCAUAUGACAUCAGCAAGGGACACACUAACCUUGCGGGCACACCGCCAGGUCACGCCUCCUCCACUGGACUCUCUCAGGUAUCAGUUUCAACAGUAUCCUCUGCACAUCUGUAUGGUCACCCUAAAGGCUGGGAGGCAGGAGGAGGGUCUCCAUACACACCUGGACAGAAUGCCGGCACAACACCUCUCAUCUACUCUUCGCCAACACAGCCAAUGAACGCACAACCUCAGGGCCGCCCCUUUGCCCCUGGACCGCGUCCUACCCAUCACCAGGGAGGAUUCAGACCCAUUCAGUUUUUCCAGCGGACGCAGAUGCAAACUGUUCGGCCCGCCAUUCCAAGCAACAACCCUCCUAUUCGGCCCACGUCUCAGACCCCCACAGCAGCGGUUUACCCCCCAAAUCAGCCCAUCAUGAUGACCAUGGCACCCAUGCCCUUCCAUUCACAGACAGCACAGUACUACAUUCAGCAGUACCGUCACAGUGCUCCACCAUAUGUGGGGCCUCCUCAACAGUACCCAGUUCAGCCCACUGGCCCCAGUACCUUCUAUGCUGGACCAAGUCCAGGGGACUUCCCUGCACCUUAUGCAGGACCUCCCUACUAUCCUGGGCAGACCAUGUACACACCAUCUCCAUCCAUUAUAGUGCCUACACCACAACAACCUCCACCUACUAAGAGGGAAAAGAAAACAUCCUCUAAGAUCCGCAUCCGAGACCCCAACCAGGGCGGCAAGGAUGUUACAGACGAGAUAUUGUCAGGGGUGGGCGGUAGUCGCAACACAACCCCACCGGUGGGGCGGCCCUCCUCUACUCCUACACCUCCACAGUUUUUAUGUCCACACCCUCAUUAUCCUCACAUUUUCUACCUCAAAUCCCAGCAGCUGAACAGCCAGGUAGCAGAUCACGGGCACAUCAUGUUUAAUGUGGACGCCGCCCAGCUCCACCCUGCACAUGUCGACUUGAAAGCAGAUGACAAGCCAAAACUAGAGUUCGCUUUGCAGAGGUCUGCAUCUCCUGGACUGCGGCAACCAGGGGCUCCUUUGGAAAGAAGAGAUCCCUGUAGCCCAGUCCAAAUGCCCUCUCCCCCACAGAAAACUGAGCUUUCCCCCUCAGGCCCGGAAUUGGCCCCAAGUGUAGCUACAGCCCCCACUCCUUCCAUGCCUGCCUCAACAGUGGAAUCGGCUGAACCCUCAAGCCCCUCAGCUGAGCCCAGCCCUACUAAACCUAUCACACCAGAACUAGAGAGCUCAGAGCCAGAGAAAUCCUCAGAGCAACCCUCACCUCUGAGCCUGUCCACAUCCCCAGCCCAGCCUGAAAAGGCCAUCAAUGGGUUGGUGGAUACAGAUGCUGCUCCCUUGAGUGAGGACUUGGAAUCCCAGCCCAGGGAAGUCUCUCCGUUGCUGCCUACUCCCAGCAUUCCCCAGUCCCAGUCGCCCAUCACACCAGAGCUGGAGACGGAGUCUGCAGAGGUAAAGGCAGAUAGCCCCUUGCCUCCUGUUGAAGACAGUGCUGGGUCUCCUGACGCUCCAUCCCUUCCUGCCACAACCUCCAUCACAACUGCUGCUAUCUCCACCACAACUGCUCCACCUCCAGGCCUGACACAUCCAGCCAGGAGAUCCUCUACAGGGUCAGAGCUCAAAGAAGCAGGGAUGGAGACCGAGGCCUUGGCGGACAAGAGAGGCGAGCCCUUCUUGCAGUCCAGAAAAAGCUCAAUUCAAGCUACAUCUAGUGCACCAAAGACCUGGAAGAAGCCAAAAGAGGACACGCCUGUCAGUCAAGAUCAGUGUCCAGACAAAGAGGAGGACAUGGAUCGACCUGCUACAGAGCCUGCUGCAAAGAGCCCCAGUCCUCCUCCUGUGGAGGUGGAGAAGAGGCCGUCAGCAGGAGCAGUGCUUGAGGAGAAUGGAGAACAGGAAGCAGAGCCUCUAAGAAACGGGGCGGAACAUGUCUCCGAAACAGAGAGCAGCGACAGCAUCCACACGCCUGUAGCGAAAGAGCCGCUGAUCAAAGCAGUGCCACAAUUGGCAGAGAAGAAUGGAAAGAGGCUGUACGAAAGAGACUUCCUGUUGGGCUUCCAGUUCAUGCCUGCGUGUGUACAGAAACCUGAGGGGCUUCCUCCCAUUUCUGAUGUUGUUUUAGAUAAGAUUAACCAGAAUAAGCUGCCGAAUCGGCCAGUAGACCCUCGUGCGAUCUCCAGAGGCCCAGACUUCACACCAGCGUUUGCCGAUUUUGGCCGACAGAUUCCAGGGGGCAGAGGAGCACCGCUGCUGAAUGUAAGCAUGCGGCGACCUCCUGCGCGCAAGAUUAUUACAAACGUUUCGGUGAACGAUGAGGUGCAGCUCAGGACAGCAGAAAAUGCCUGGAAGCCUGGCCUGAAGCGGGAAAGCGUCAUUGAAGAUCCAGAGUCCCAGAAAACUCAGGAGCUUUUCCGAAAAGUGCGUAGUAUCCUCAACAAAUUGACGCCACAGAUGUUCAGCCAGCUGAUGAAGCAGGUGACCGACCUCACCAUUGACACAGAAGAGCGACUCAAGGGUGUUAUAGACCUGGUCUUUGAGAAAGCCAUCGAUGAACCCAGCUUCUCUGUUGCCUAUGGCAACAUGUGCAGCUGCCUGGCCACGUUGAAAGUGCCCAUGAUGGACAAGCCCAACAUCACUGUGAAUUUCCGGAAGCUGCUGCUGAACCGCUGUCAGAAGGAGUUUGAGAAAGACAAGGUGGAUGAUGACGCCUUUGAGAGAAAACACAAGGAGCUGGAGGCAGCUACCUCGGCUAGCGAGCGGGAGAGGCUGCAGGAGGAGCUGGAAGAGGCAAAGGACAAGGCCCGCAGACGCUCCAUUGGCAACAUCAAGUUCAUCGGCGAGCUCUUCAAGCUGCGGAUGCUGACGGAGGCCAUUAUGCAUGACUGUGUAGUCAAGUUGCUGAAGAAUCACGAUGAAGAGUCACUCGAGUGCCUCUGUAGACUGCUCACCACUAUUGGAAAGGACCUGGACUUUGAGAAAGCUAAGCCACGAAUGGAUCAGUACUUCAAUCAAAUGGAGAAGAUAGUAAAGGAGAAAAAGACUUCAUCUCGCAUUCGCUUCAUGCUGCAGGAUGUUAUUGACCUGCGAUUGCACAAUUGGGUGUCUCGGAGAGCUGACCAGGGACCCAAGACCAUCGAGCAGAUCCACAAGGAGGCAAAGUUGGAGGAGCAGGAGGAACAGAGGAAGGUCCACCAGCAGCUGCUGUCUAAGGACAACAAGAGGAGACCAGUGGUGCAGAGAGAGGAGACCUGGAGCACUGUGCCAAUGACUAAGAACAGCAGGACAAUAGACCCCACUAAGAUUCUCAAAAUCUCCAAGCCAACAAUAGAUGAGACGAUUCAACUGGGACCAAGAGCUCAGCUGAACUGGAUGAAGGGCAGCAGUGGAGGGGCUGGAGCCAAGGCCAAUGAGUCAGAUGUCUCUCGCCCCAGUGCCACCAGUUUGAACCGUUACUCAGCCCUGCAACCCUCAGCACCACCGGCCUCCACUUUAUCCUCUACAUCCCCAGACUUUGAUUCCAGGCGAGUUCUCAGCAGUCGUGGAAGCUCAGGACGGGAACACAGUGACAAGCCAUUGAGUACAGGUGCCACUCGGACAGGGCCCCUCUCAUUGGGAUGCAGCAAUAAGGAGGGUCCUGAAGAGGUGGUGCAAGAGGUGUCCCUCAGAGACUCAAAUACCUCAGACACGCCCAAGCUGCCCUCCAGCACUGCGGACCAGAGCAGACUGGAGCGUAGCCAAUCCAGGGAGUCUGCACCGUCAGGCGGCUCUCCAGACAAGCCUGCAUUAACAGAAGAGGAGAUGGAGAGGCGGUCCAAGACGAUUAUUGAUGAGUUUUUGCACAUUAAUGAUUAUAAGGAAGCAAUGCAGUGUGUUGAGGAACUGGAGCAGCCUGCCAUGCUCUAUGUGUUCGUGCGGGUGGGUGUGGAUUCAACGGUGGAGAGGAGUCAGAUCACGCGAGACCACAUGGGUCAGCUGCUCUACCAGCUGCUGCAGGCUGGAAGCCUUUUGAAGCCUCAGUUCUUUAAAGGGUUCUCUGAAACUCUUGAAUUUGCAGAUGAUGUGGCCAUUGAUGUUCCUCAUAUAUGGUUGUACCUUGCGGAGCUGGUGACCCCUGUGCUUCGAGAGGGGGGAAUCUCUAUGAGAGAAUUAUUUAGUGAAUUUAGUAAACCAUUACUCCCUGUGGGAAGAGCUGGGAUAUUAUUUUCUGAAAUAUUGCACCUUCUAUGCAAACAUAUGAGCCAUAGGAAAGUGGGAUCAUUAUGGAGGGACUCUGGGUUGAGCUGGGCGGAUGUUAUACCUGAAACAGAGGAUGUGCACAGCUUCAUCACAGAACAUAAACUCGACUUCACUCUUUCUGAUUGCUCAAACCCAAAUGAGGCUGUCUCUAAGAGAUCACUCUCGCCUGAGGAAUUAAACAAGCAACUUGAAAAACUACUACUUGAGGACAUGGCUGGCGAUGAACAAAUCUUCGACUGGGUUGAGGCCAAUCUAGAUGAAUCAGAAAUGAGUUCACCUCCUUUCCUCAGAGCUUUAAUGACUGCUGUGUGUAAAGCAGCAGUGAAAACCGAGGGCUCCUCCUGCAAAGUGGACACGUCCAUAAUCCAGAGGAGGUUGCCUGUAUUACACAAGUACCUUAACUCGGACACAGAGAGACAGUUGCAAGCACUUUAUGCACUUCAAGCAUUGGUAGUAAAACUGGACCAGCCUCCUACACCGCUUAUCAAGAACAACCAUAAACAACAAACAAUUACAUGAGGGAUUCUCAUCGAUCUCAAACCAUCACCGCUCAGGAACAACCAACAACAACAAACAAUUACGGUAAGUCAUGGCAUCCGCUCAUGUUAUUGCUUCCUGCAUUACAUGCCACAUGUUUACUAUAGCUUCUUUCGUCAGCAGUGAGGGAUUCACAUGUGAUAAAUGUAAAGAAUUAGUCAGGCUGACGGAGAAGGUUAAUGAGUUAGAGACCUGCAUCCGAACGCUAGUGGAGGUCAGUGAGAAAGAGAACCCGGUAGAUACUGUUUUGGAUGCAGGCAACACACACACUUUGGUUCCGGCUCUAGAGCCCCCGCAGCAGGGCUCUGAGGGCGACAUCUCAGCGGCAUACCCACUCAGCAAUGCGACACCACUCUCCCGUUCUUGUUAGUGUUUCCAAUCGAUUCUUCCCACUCAGUGAUGCACCCACUGAGAAUCAUGUUGAAAGAGCCUUUGUCAUAGGUGAUUCUGUUGUAAGAAACGUGGAAAUAGAGACUCCAGCCACCGUUAAAUGCAUUUCGGGUGCCAGAGCGUCUGACAUCAGAUCAAAUUUAUAAGUGCUGGCUAAUGCUAAACGUAGAUUUUCUAAAAUUGUUAUUCAUAUCGGCACUAACGAUGUCCGGCUUCGCCAGUCAGAGAUCACUAGAGAUAAUGUUAAAGAGGUGUGUGAACUUGCAAAAACGAUGUCAGACACUGUAAUAUGCUCUGGCCCCCUCCCUGCUCAUCAUGGUGAUGAGGUUUAUAGUAGAUUAGUGUCACUGAAUGGCUGGGUGUCUGAGUGGUGUCUGGAGAAUACCAUAGGAUUUAUAGACAAUUGGAAGAGUUUUUGGGGUAGACCUGACCUGCUAAAGAGAGAUGGAAUCCAUCCCUUCAGGGAAGGUGCUGCUCUCCUCUCUAGUAAUUUGGCUCAUAGUCUUAAUAGUGAUAGUAUUUGAAUAACUGGGGCCCAGGUCAGGAAGCAGACAAACUGGCUAAUCCGAACGUCAACGUAAUUGAAGAUAAACAUCAUAUAAAGAUAGGGCUACUAAACAUUAGAUCUCUUUCAACCAUAGCACUAAUUGUAAAUGAAAUUAUUACAGAUCAUAAUUUGGAUGUGCUCUGUUUGACUGAAAUCUGGCAUAAACCGGAUGAUUAUAUUAGUUUAAAUGAAUCUACUCCCCCAGGUUGUUUUAAAAAUGAGCCUCAUCUGAAGGGUCGAGGAGGAGGUGUUGGUAAAAUUUACAGUGAUGUUUUUGGUGUUACUCAGAGGACAGGAUACAAGUUUAAGUCUUUUGAACUAAUAAUACUUAAUGUAACACCGUCAGAUAUAAAUAAAAAAUCUGUCAUCUUUUGCCCUUGCUACAGUAUAUAGAUCACCCGGGACUUAUUCUGAUUUCCUUGGUGAAUUUGCUAAUUUUCUAUCAGAUCUAGUAGUUAAUGUAGAUAAAGCUUUAAUUGUUGGUGACUUCAACAUUCACAUAGAUAAUGAAAAUGACACAUUGGGAUUAGCAUUUAUCAAUAUUCUCAACUCUCUUGGAGUCAGACAGAAUGUGACAGGACCAACUCAUCGCCAUAUUCAUAUGCUAGAUUUAAUUCUGUCAUACAGAGUUGAUGUUGAUACUAUAGAAAUUCUGCCGUAGAGCGAUGACAUCUCGGAUCAUUACCUCGUCUCUUGUAUGCUACGAUCAGCUAAUGUUACUCAAUCUACACCAUUCUAUCGUUCAGGUAGAACUAUUCUUUUGACUACUAAAGAUAGCUUCACUAAUAAUCUUCCAGAUCUAUCUCAUACACUCAGUAAACCCCAAAGCCUAGAAGAAUUUGAUGAAAUAACAGAAAAUAUAAAUAGUCUUCUCUAGCACUCUUGUUAGUGUCGCCCCCCCUUCGAUUAAAGAAAAACGCCCCGCACCAUGGUACAAUGAUCACACUCGUGCUCUCAAGAGAGCAGCUUGGAAAAUGGAGCGCAAGUGGAAGAAUACAAAAUUAGAUGUAUUUCGUGGUGCAUGUAAGGAUAGUGUCUGUAGCUACAGACAGGCACUGAAAGCUGCCAGGUCAGCUUAUUUUAGAAAAUUCGUAGAAAAUAACCACAACAAUCCAAGGUGUUUAUUCAGUACUGUGGCUAAAUUGGUUAGGAAUAAAGCCUCAACUGAACCAGAUAUUCUGUCGCAGCACAAUAGUAGUCUUCAUGAAUUUCUUUACUGAUAAAAUUGAAAUAAUCAGAAAUAAAAUUGGAAUUAUGCAAUCAUCUAUCACAGUACCUCAGAAAACAGUGUCUCAUAAUUUUCCUCAUGUGCAACCUCAAUCCUUCGCUGUCACAGGUCAUGAAGAGCUAACAAAACUUAUCGAAACAUCAAAAGCCACAACAUGUUUGUUCGAUCCAAUACCAACUAAGCUCUUAAAAGAGGAAUUCCAUGUAAUUCCAGAACCUCUUCUUAAUAUUAUUAACUCCUCGCUAUCCUUAGGACAUGACCCAAGAAACUUUAAAAUGGCAGUUAUCAAACCGCUUAUUAAGAAGCCACAGCUUGAUCCUAGAGAAUUGGCUAAUUAUUGACCGACUUCAAAUUUCCCGUUUAUGUCAAAAAUACUAAAAAAGUUUGUGUCCUCCCAAUUAUGUUCAUUUCUACAGAGAAAUAGUAUAUAUGAACAGUUUCAGUCAGGAUUUAGGCCACACCACUGUACAGAGACUUCACCUAUCAGAGUUACUAAUGACUUGCUCUUAUCAUCUGAUCGCGGCUGCAUUUCUCUUCUAUUGCUUUUAGAUCUUAGUGCUGCCUUCGACAUGAUAGAUCACGAUAUUCUUUUGAAUAGGCUAGAGAAUUAUGUUGGCAUUUGUGGACUUGCAUUACCAUGGUUUAGGUCCUAUUUAGCAGACCACUACCACUUUGUCUAUGUAAACAAGGAAUUGUCAAAUCAAACAAAUGUUAAGUAUGGAGUGCCACAGGGAUCCGUUUUAGGGCCUUUGCUUUUCUCCUUAUAUAUGCUUCCCCUGGGAGAUAUUAUCAGGAAUUAUGGAAUAAGUUUCCACUUAUUCAACUUUAUAUUUCUUCGAAACCCCAUGAAAUUUCACAAUUCUCCAAAUUAGCAGAGUGUAUCAAUGAAAUCAAAUAUUGGAUGGCCAGGAAUUUCCUUCUACUGAAUUCCGACAAAUCAGAGGCAAUAGUUAUUGGACCAAAAACCUAUAUUCCAUCACAUUCAUUACGAUCGCAAAACUCUGGCCUGCUAAUAGUUCCUAGAAUAUCAAAAUCCACAAAAGGGAUUCCUAUUUGGCUCCUAAACUAUGCAAUAGUCUCCCUAACAUUGUUUGGGAUGCAGACACACUCACUGAGUUUAAGUCUAGACUAAAGACUAAUCUAUUUAGCCAGGCAUACACCUAAUUUAUUCUUCACCACACAAUUAGGCUGCUUUAGUUAGGUCUCCCGGAACCUGAAACAUUGAUCAUGAUCUAUAACUCUGCAAAAAAUUGAAUGGUAUCUACGCUAAUAUUAUUCUAUUUGUUUCCAUGUCUCAACCUCGGGUCUCCUAUCCCGAGGUCACCAGAACCGGCCGGAUCCAGCUCCAUUCCUGCUUGGUAUCGGACUCCACUGCUACGUGUCUCUGAGUGCCAGCCAGACAUCACUUCAGUCUAUUAUAAUAGACCUCAGAGGAUGAACUAAUGCGAACUCCAACCAUAAGACAUGGGAUACUACAUAUGCCAUUGCCUGAACCUUGGAUUUAGGAUAGACCUCACCGAAAUUACCGGCAGGUUGAACUGCGAAGCACCUCACUGAUCUCGGCCUGCAUCACUCUGGUAUAAUGAUGGGCUACACUCUUAAAAUGGAAUACAUAGACUAUCAAUAAAUUGCCAACAAAAGCCUUCAUCAGCCAACUAACAAAGGACAAUUUCAUCUAUGUGAACUCCUACAGUUAAUCCAGGAUGGACUUCAAAGACAUUAGUCAUUAAUCUUACAGUUCUUCCAAAAUCUUUGUUUAGACACUGGCCCUUAACACUUACUUAGUUUACUCAUUUUAAACCAUGACUUGCACUGCACAUAAAUAAGUAAUAUUGGCAUUAUAUUCAUGCUGUUAGCCAGAGGGGAACUGGCCCCCACAGUGAGCCUGGUUUCUCCAUUAAUCAACAUCUUAUGGAGUUUUUCCUUGCCACAGUUGCCUUCGGCUUGCUCACUGGGUUUCUAAAUACAAUUAUUAUUUAAUUACUUAUUUUUAUACACACUUCAUCAUAUUUAAUCAAACUACACAAUAUGACUCUAAGACUUUAUAGAUAUUACAGUUUAAUUUUCUGUUAAUGCAUGAUUUUCUGUAAAGCUGCUUUGAAACGAUGUGUGUUGUGAAAGGCGCUAUACAAAUAAAAAUGACUUGACCUUAAGACAUGCCAGUCUAUUGCAUACUGUGGCAAAUAAAAAAAAAACACAAAGACAAUGUUAAGCUUCAUUUAACGAACCAAAUAGCUUUCAACUGUGUUUGAAAUAAUGGCAAGUGAUUUUGUAGUACCAAAUUCGCAAUUUAGCAUGAUUACUCAAGGAUAAGGUGUUGGAGUGAUGGCUGCUGGAAAUGGGGCCUGUCUAGAUUACUUUUUUCAAAUAGUGAUGGUGCUGUUAUUUACAUCAGUAAUGUCCUGACUAUACUUUGUGAUCAGUUGAAUCCCACUUUGGUGAAUUAAAGUACCAAUUUCCUUCCGAAUCAGAAAAAUCUGUACAUUAUUACAAACGUUUGGCCACCUGUGUGUGUGUGUGUGCUCAAAAGUUUGCAUACCCUGGCAGAAAUU